CUGGACUGGAGAACUCUGAACUCUGAAGCAAAGGGAACCCAGGUCGUCAGCGCCGCCGCCAUCCCCAGGUCCUCAGCGCCGCCGCUUCUUCCUCCUCCCCGUGUCCUGAACCCAGUUGCUCGGCUUGUCCUCUUCAUCUUCGCUGGCUUCUCGGCAUGGAACCCAGAACCUGCAGAUUUGAAGCACAGAACCAGGUCGCGAGGAUAUGGACUAGCAGAAGCAAAGCAGCGACUUGAAGCCGCAAGGAGAAGAGGCGAAAUUCGGGUCGGAUCUUCGGGUUGGACGCGUACGGUUCGGAUAAAAUCAGUUCAGUUCUAUUCCACUCAUACAUUCCAAAACACCCUGGGAGGAAUUGAAUUGAAUAUCAUCAAGGGAAAUGAGGAUAGUUGGGUUGACCGGCGGAAUCGCAUCUGGGAAGAGCACCGUUUCCAAUCUCUUCAAGUCCCAUGGGGUUCCUGUUGUUGACGCUGAUGUCGUCGCUCGUGAUGCUUUGAAGAAAGGUAGCGGUGGAUGGAAAAAAGUUGUUGCAGCUUUUGGGGAGGAAAUCCUCCUUGAAAAUGGAGAAGUCAAUAGACCCAUGCUUGGCCAGAUUGUUUUCUCCGAUCCUGAUAAGCGCCAAUUUCUCAAUCGAUUACUGGCUCCCCAUAUAUCUUCUGGAAUCUUUUGGGAAGUGGUGAAGCUUUGGCUUAAGGGGUAUAAGGUUAUUGUUCUUGAUGUCCCAUUGUUGUUUGAGGCUAAGAUGGACAAGUUCACAAAGCCAAUUAUAGUUGUGUGGGUUGAUCCUGAAACACAGAUAAAGAGACUCAUGGGGAGAGACAAAUCAAGUGAGGAGGAUGCUGGGAACAGGAUCAAUGCUCAAAUGCCACUUGAUGUGAAGAGGAAUAAAGCAGAUAUAGUGAUAGAUAACACUGGAUCACUUGAUGGCUUGAAUGAACAGUUUCAGAAGGUUCUGAUUGAAGUGUCAAAACCCUUGACAUGGACUCAGUUUUGGCUUUCAAGGAAUGGAGCCUUGAUCAUACUUGCUUCACUCACUUCGGGUGUUGUUUUGUGUAUAAAAGCACUUUCAUAGUCACUUGUGUUCUUCGGAAGGUUAAAUUUGAAUUUGUUAUUUUUAGCAUUUUAAAAGAUGAAUUUGUGUUUUAAUUCAUAAUUAUGAUGAGGUUGACCAGUGUUUUAACAUUGAUAUUAAUGAGAAGGUAGAUCUUGGAUGUGAAAUAUGAAAAAUUCGUAAUUGAAGCCACUGUUACCUUUUGCUAAAGCCUGCCUGAACCACUAGCUUACAGAAAGUGGAAGAUAACUACGUUUCCAUUAAGAUAUCAUCGUGUGUUGAUAUAGAUGUUUUUGUUCUCAUGUUUAAUUUUAUGGCUAUACUAAACUAUUUUGCCAAAAGACUGCAUAUCCCCUAAUAUUAUAUUUCAAA